ACCGGUUUUCCGUUCGUUUUUACCGAAGGCGACGGUACGUGUGGUACUGCUUAAGUGUAUUCUUCCGUCAGCACGCCGGCUGUCGCACUUCAAAGAGGGCAUGGCAGCGUCGGGCUGUAAGGGAUUUUUCCUCUCCGCGUUUGAUUACAAGACAGAAAAAUAUGUCAUCGCUAAAAACAAGAAGGUCGGUGUGCUGUACAGGGUCGUCCAGCUUGCCAUCAUUGGAUACCUUAUCGGGUGGGUCUUCCUGACAAAGAAGGGCUACCAGGAAACAGAGGAGUCUAUCCAAAGUUCUGUCAUCACUAAACUGAAAGGGGUGACCCUCACCAACACAACAGAAACUGGGCUCCACUUAUGGGGGCCUGAGGACUAUGUCAUUCCUCCCCAGGGGGAAACGGUCUUUUUCGUCAUUACUAAUUUUGUAGAGACACCAAAUCAGAAACUUGGAUACUGUGCUGAGAGCUUCAGGGUACUGGAUGGUCUCUGCAGAAAGAACUCUGACUGCACAGAGGGGGAGACGGUCAUCGCUGGCCACGGGAUUAAAAGUGGACGAUGCUUAAAGAAAGAUAGGAAUUCUACAGGUACCUGUGAAAUAUAUGGCUGGUGUCCCAUUGAGAGACACCGCAGACCUCAGGAACCAUUGUUAGCAAAAGCUGAAAAUUUCACUCUCUACAUAAAGAACUUCAUCAGAUUUCCUAGAUUUGAAUUCUCAAAAUCGAAUGUUCUGGACACAUCCGAUGACACAUAUUUAAAGAGAUGCAUGUAUGACAAGGUCCACCAGCCAUACUGCCCCAUAUUUCGUUUGGGAGACCUCGUUAGCUGGGCUGGACACAGCUUUCAGGACAUGGCUUUGAUGGGCGGGUCUAUUGGGAUUUUGAUAGAAUGGAACUGUGACCUGGACAAGGGCUAUUCCAAGUGCAAUCCCCACUAUAGCUUCACACGUCUGGAUGUAAAAUCUUCAGUCAGCUCAAUCACAUCCGGGUACAACUUCAGGUACGCUCGCUAUUACAAAAACGCAGCUGGGGAGAGCUAUCGAACUCUAUUUAAAGUGUUCGGAAUUCGCUUCGACAUCAUGGUGCACGGAAAGGCUGGGAAGUUUAACAUUAUCCCAACAAUAAUCAACAUUGGGUCCGGUCUUGCUCUAAUGGGUGCAGGGGCGUUCUUCUGUGACCUGGUGCUGCUUUACAUGAUGAAGAAGAGCACUUUCUACAGAGAGAGGAAAUUUGAAUCUGCUAAGAACGACACAAGGAAAACAAAUGGAGAGGGAAAUGCUCUGCCAGAGGUCAAGGGUCACCGGAAAAAGGUCCUCGAGCGACGGCAGCUCACCGACCUGUCACCAGAGACCUAGACCAGUCACUCAUGGCAAGAGACGCGGUGUCGACUUUAGGGGGCGAGGGAACAAACGGGUGGAGGAGUACAAUCAACAGGACAAACGGACCCAGCGGGGUUUCUUCCUCUCCCGUCUGCGUUUGAAGUACUGAACAGACAGCACGGAUUCUCUCAAGUGCCAACCCAUCCACAAUGGACCCAGACGACACCAGGCCCUCCUUUGCCACUCUAACACUGUGAGCUGCUGACAUUAUCAUUCUGUUACCAAAAGACAGAAACAACGACGUGACCACAGGACAGCUUUGCCAAAGAAAACACCGCCAUUCCUGUUCAGCCAUGCAUGCUGUCAGUGAUGAGCAGGAAAAAAAAUGCACUUUGACAUUCUGAGUAACUUCUGUUGAUUUUGGCCAAUGGUUUCCUCCCCAUUACCAUAUCAAAGGAGAGCAGCAGGCAGCCAACAGGAUAAGCCUGCAGUAAGAAAAUACACAGAUCCCUGACGCAAUAUACUUGGCCAAGAGAAGAAACAAAAUCAUUGCACUACAAUCAAGAAAAACACUCCAAAAAACGUUUUAAUCAUACACAGUACAUGGGGUGCUUCACACCAUACAGUCAAGUCAUACUGAUGGUCUUCACACUGGCAGAAAAAGCAUGGUUCUAAAAAGGUUCCAGUGUCGUGACUCAAAAACACACUGUGUUUGCACCUUGCCUCGCAGGUUUGCAGGCGUUCGUAUCCAUCUGUUUACAUGUUAGCGUUCGGUCAUGCAGCACGCGGCCAGCAGAGUUCAUCUGAUCAUUGGGCUUCAAAGCCAUGACUUCAAAACCAUUCAGCUUUACACAGAUGGCAAUCUUUGGUGAAUGUUUUUAAGAUUUACAUCACUUUUCAGGAUUUCGGAUUUUGCUCCUUUGCACCUUAAAGAAUGAAUUGCUUGAAUAACGAGUUCAAUAGUUUGUUAAAUCCCUGUCCAAACCCUUACUAAAUGAGUCUGAAGACUGCUGUAGAUUAAUGAAUUGAGAACCACUUCCAUAGGCUUGCUUUUCCAGACAACAGCAGAGAACAGUUAAGUUUUCCAAACAAUGACCAAUGCAGUAACCUGUGUUUCCUGGACUGGCAAAAGGAGAAUGACUGGCACGUGUAUAUCCUUUCAAGGUUACCUCUGUAUGCUUGUUUUAUAUUCAAUAAAACUGUUCACAUUCACAAUUAUUGUAAA